UAAGCUGUGAUAGUGAUAGUGUUUGUUUGAAAGGAAAUACUGAAAUAAAAGCAAAAAGAAGAAGAAGAAGAAGAAGAAGUAGACAGACAGACAAGAUGAGUGACGACCAGCCUUCUUUGAUAGAGAGCGCCCUGGCUGGGGAUGUUGGGGCGGUGGACUCGGAGCUUCAGCGAGGCGUGGAGGUGGACCAGAUGGAGGAUGGAAGAACGGCCCUCCACUUUGCCGCCUCCGAGGGCCUGCUGGAGGUGGUGAAGGUGUUACUUUACUACAAAGCGAAUCCCACCAAGAGAAGCAAGAUGGAGGAGGAUAAUGGCGGCACGGCACUCCAUCUGGCGGCAGAGGGCGGCCAUGUGGAGGUGGUGGAGGAGCUGCUUCAGGCCAAGGCGAACGUGGAGGUGCUGGAUGCCAAGGGGCGCCAGGCAUCGCACAGGGCAGCCUCUAGGGGACAGAGAGGCGCCCUUGAGGUCCUAUACAAACACGGGGCGGAUAUGGAUGCCAGGGACGCAGGGAAAGCCACGCCCCUUCACUUCGCCGCCUUCUACGGGGACAUGGGGACAGUGAGGUGGCUGGUGGAGGAGGCAGGGGCGGUCACAACGUACAAGGACAAAAAUGGACGCCAACCCAAGGACGUGGCCAAGAAGUUUAAUAAUUCAGCUGUUCAGAAGUUUUUAAAAAGUGGUGGUGGUGGUGGAGGCAAGAAGAGUGGUGGUGGUGGUGGUAUGGCUAUGUUCGGCGGUCCCAAGGCACGGAGAAGCAUGCGGGAGAUGAGUAGAGACCGCCUAGCACAAGCAGCACGUGAGGCCAGCACACACAGACGCCACAAUGAGUCCCCAGCACCUUCCUCUGACCCCGAGUCCCUGUCAGUCCCACACCGCCAUGAUAUGACUGAUGACGCCCCCCGGGAGGACAAGAACCAGCCUGUCUCCCUCCCAGCUGGUCUCGGUCACGUCCCUCAUGAUAGCCGUGGUUCCAUACAGUCUCUCUCCCCGCCAGACUCUCCCAGACACUCCUCAAUGGACAGACGGGGGCGUGAAAGGGAGUCUCGCCGGCGCACGUGGAGCCUCGGGGGUUCUGCCAGGUCCUCCUCCAAGGGGCGGGGACUCAGGGGGCAGGUGGAGGAGCUCAUGGAGAUAAAGACCCAGCAGGAGGAGGAGCUGGAAUUCAAGAGAGAGGAGAUGGCAAAACUGAAGACACUGCUAAGCCAAGCCGACCAGGAGAAAACGCAGGCGGAGGAACAACUGACGGAGAUGCGCUACGUGGUGGAGUCACAGAGGCAGCAGCUGACGGAGGCCACAGAGGGACAGCAGAGAGUUAUUGCCUUACACCAGCAGGAUCAGGAGGCAGCCAGGAACGCCACAGCCAGGAGAGAGGAGGAGGUACAGGAGCUACUGACGCAGGCACGGAAGGACAUUGACGCCCUAAGAGAACGAGACGCCCUUAGCCAACAGACCAUUGAGGCGCUGACGAAGAAGGUGGAGCGUCUGUCAAUGGAGGGCAAGAUAGCAGAGGAGCGGCUGGAGCAGAAGGAGGCGACGCUGAGGGAGGCACUGCGGAAGGUGGAGGAGGGGUCUUCUCACGCCGUCACGGUCACCUCGCUGCGGGAGGAGAUAGACCACCUUACCUGUAUGAUGGACGACACGAGGGACAACGCCGUCAUUAUACAGGAGCAGCUGGAGAAGAAGAUAGCAGACCUGAGGGAGCAGAAUGAGAGGAAGAGCGAGACCAUUGCUCUUCUCUCAGACAGAUUAAGGGAAGCUGAGACCAGCUCGGGAGAUUCAAAGAAGGCGGAGCAGCGAGUACAGGAGCUCCGGGAGAAGGAAACGGAGAGCCAGCUGACUAUUGCUUCUCUAAAUGCGAAGAUACAGCAGCUCCAGCAGAACAUUACUGAUCAUGACACCAAGACGCUCACCUUCCAUAAGCAACAGCAGGCCAGAAUAGAGGAGCUGACGGAGGGUAAUGAGUCCAAGCAGGUCACCAUUGCAAGUCUGUCACACGAGGCGGAACAGCUGACGAGGAGGCUUAAGGAACAGCAGGACAGCAUUGUGUUUUAUCAGGGCCAGCUCCAGCAGAAGCAGAGAGAGCAUGAGCAGAAGCAGGAGGACGCACAUAGGGUGGCACAGGAGCUCAGGGAGGAAAUAGAGAGGAUGAACGAGAAGGUGGAGGAGGCGCAGAAGAUGUCCCUAACUCAGUACGAGAGAGGAGGAACCGUCGUGGCCCUUCAGAAGAGAGACACUGCCCAGAAACAAACAAUAAAGGCAUUAGAAAACCGCCUGCAGCACCUCACGCAGAAGAUGGCUGACGCUGAGCAGGCUUCCCUCACGGUACAGAGACAGCAGCUGGAGAGGAUCAACGCACUGACGGAGCAGCUGGAGGAGGCGCAGAGGAAGCAGGCCUUACCACCACCACCACCACCACCAGGAGCAGAGACAACAAGCGAACAACAACAGCAACAACAACAAAAUAGAGGAGCUCCGAGAGAAGGAGUACUCGAGCCAGCUGAUCACUGAAGCUUUGAACAGAAAGAUUGACCAGCUCUCUGAGGAACUCAAGAAAAACUAUGCAAACUUUUACUCCUGGCAGACACAGCAGCAGGAGAAGGACAAGGAACACGAGCAGAGGGAGGCGGCGAGUCAGCAGACCAUCAGUGAGCUGCGUCAGGAGGUGAACAGACUCAGCAGUGGUCAGCAGAAUCAGCAGCAGCAGCAGCAACAGAGAUAUCCCGUCAGGCAGGCCCCCCAGCCAUGGCGCCCCUCAGGACCACCGCCCCCCGUGCCCUACAGCCAGAAAUACAACCAUGUGUCCCCACCGAGGCAGGACAACUACACCCCGGCCUACACCACGCACCAGUGAGAGGGAGAGGGAGAGGGAGAGGGAGAGAGGGAGAGGGAGAGCUGACUAUAUUUCAAUCACUGGUUAAUUUGUUUGUAUGAAAUAGAAGUCUUUUUGUACACCAUGCGCCAGUGAGAGGGAGAGUGAGAGUGAGGAGUGAGAGUGAGUGAGAGUGAGAGUGAGAGGGAAAGGGAGAGCAAACUGACCCUUUUAUUUCAAUAGCUGGUUUUUUUUUUUUUUUUUUUUUUGCACCAAUGAGAGUGAGAGUGAGAGUGAGAGUGAGAGUGAGAGGGAGAGUGAGAGUGAGAGGGAAAUGGAGAGCUAACUGACCCUUUUAUUUCAAUCGCUGGUUAUUUUAUUUAUUUACUUAUAUAUUUUUUUCUUUUUCUUUUUUUUUUGCACCAGUGAGAGAGAGAGAGAGAGAGAGAGAGAGAGAGAGAGAGAGAGAGAGAGAGAGAGAGUUUUUAUUUCAAUCGCUGGUUAUAUUUUUACAAGAAAUGUUUUAAUGUUUAAGUUUUUUGCCUACACCAGGGAGAGGGAGAGGGAGAGGGAGAGGGAGAGGAGAGGAGAGAGAGAGAGGAGAGAGAUGAACAGUUUUUAUUUCAAUUGUUGGUUAAUAUUUCUUGCAUGAAAUAUUUUGUAAGUUUAAUUUUUUUUUCCCUUUUUUUCUAUAAGAGCAGAUAUUUUUGUAUAUUUGUUUGUUAAUGUUAGAAUUUAUGUUUGCUUUAUAUUUCAUUUCCUGAUUUUCUACGUUUUCUUUCUUUCUUUUACUGUUUUCUAUCUUUUUUUUAUCCCUUUCGUUUAUAGACUUAAAUCUUACACUAAUCUUUCCUCUAUGCUAAGUCUUCUCGAUUUUUUGUUCUCACAUUUUUUUAUAAUUACGGGACUAGCUAUUGUAUAUUUCUUUGUUUAGUCUAAGUUUGAAGAGAGGCACUGUGUUGCUUCAGUUUGCAGAGAUGUAACACCGCAGUGAACAUGUUGACAUUCGAGUAUGCAUUAAAUAUUUCGUCCCAUGUCAGGUGUGGCUCAGAAACCUUGUCCUUUGUAUUGGCGCUUCCCUCAUGUUCCUUAUCUUUUUAUUCUUCUCUGUCUGUCCAUCAAGUUCCUCCGCUAACUCUCUCUUUUCCUCCACAAUCUUUUCAUUCUUCUCUCUCUGACUUCUUCUCUUCCUCCACAAUCUUUUUACUGUUCUCUGUCCAUUUAGUUCCUCCGCUCACUUUCUCUCUUCCUCCACAAUCAUUUCAUUCUUCUCUCUCCAUCCAACUUCCUCCUCUUACUUUCUCUUCCUCCACAUGUUAUACACUAUUUUUUAAGGAGAGGCUGAAGGGGAUUGAUUGUGAGUGUUUCCAAUGGUGAUGGGAGGAGAGAGAUACAAAGAAGUGGAGACAAGACAGAAUGUGAUAGUGUGUGGAUGAGAGACGGUAUCGAGCAAGGAGAGUGGAAAAAAAAAAGGGAGGGAAUGAGAAUGAUAGGAAAGAGAGAGGAAGUGAGGAAAAUUAAGCAAGAUGAAAGGUGAAAAUAGUGGAUGAAAAGGAUGAUGAGAGGAGAGGAUAGAAAAAUAGGGGUAGUGUGAUGGUGCAGGCUUAAGGAGAGGGAGGAGAGUAAGGAGGAAAAGAGAGAGGAAGUGAGGAAGAGCAGGCAAGAUGAAAGAUGAAAAUAGUGGAUGGAAAUGACAGUGCAGAGUUAGGAAGAGUGCAUUGCCUUACUGAAUCACAUCUUGCAUUCGAGUCUGCAUUAAUCAUUUCAUCAGCAUUACCUUUCUGAAUCAAUUAACCAACAUAUAAUAAUAAUAAUAAUAAUAAUAAUAAUAAUAAUAAUAAUAAUAAUAAUGAUAAUAAAGCACUAGUUCUUAAGAUAUUUUAUAAUAGGGAAAUUUAUAAUGAUAGAUGAAGUUGACAUGUUUUUUUUCUAAGAGAUAAAUGUUUAGAUGUUUGUGAAGAAAUAUUACCAGGUUUACUAAAAUGUUGCCAAGAUAAAUGAAAAGAAAUGUUUAAAUAAAUGUUGUAUUUUUUAAGAUGAUAAAUGUUAAAAAUAAAGAAAUAAUAUAGA